CCGCGAGAACUCCGACGUCAACCCAAUCAAAGCUCCCGGGCAAAUCCUCGGCGCAAAACCUCUGAGGGGCAGGCAGCCAUGAAUUCGAUCUUCAAUCUCCACAGAGAAACAAACAGAUCAUGGCCGAAGCGGAAACCCACAACCCAAUCACUUCUCAGAUCUCCCCUCUUCAUCCUCGCGAUCUCUCUUCUCACUCUCUUCCUCCUCCUAUUCCUCUCAAUUUCCACCUUCCAAACCUCCAAAUCUCUCUUCUCUGCGCAAACGCUUAGUACCCAGAACCAUCAAUGCGGAAAAAUCCGAGCUUCAUCCCGGGCGGGAGAGAAGUUUCUCUGGUACGCGCCGCACAGUGGGUUCAGCAACCAGCUGUCGGAGCUCAAGAACGCGGCGUUAAUGGCGGGGAUUCUGAAUCGGACUCUCGUCGUCCCUCCGAUCCUCGAUCACCACGCCGUUGUCCUCGGAAGCUGCCCGAAAUUCCGGGUUACGGCGCCUAACGAGAUUCGAGCUUCGGUUUGGAAUCACGCCGUUGAAUCGAUGAAGAGCGGAAGGUACGUAUCAAUGGCUGACAUUAUCGAUAUUUCGCGGCUAGAGUCUGCUUCGCUUCGUGUGAUCGAUUUCAGGGACUUUGCAGCCUCAUUCUGUGGUGUAAAUAUGGAUUCCACUUGUGUAAAUGAUCUGAAACCAGGGUCUUCUUCAUUGUUUGAUUCCCUUAUGGAGUGUGGGAAUGUGCUAUCUGGGGUUCAAGGUAACGUAGGUGGGUGUUUAUAUGCAGUAGAGGAAGACUGCAGAACCACGGUAUGGACUUAUGAGAAUGGUGAUGAUGGAAAGUUAGAUUCAUUUCAACCCGAUGAACAGCUCAAGAGGAAGAAGAAGAUUUCGUAUGUAAGGAAACGUCGAGAUUUGCUUAAGACCCUUGGACCGGGAUCUGAAGCUGACUCGGCCACUGUUCUUGCAUUCGGAUCCCUAUUCUCCGCUUCAUACAAAGGCUCCGAGUCCUAUAUUGAUAUUCAGAAAGUAAAGAACGGAGAUUUCAUUCCGUUUGUCCCUAAAAUACUGAAUGCAGGGAAGAAGUUUGCAUUGGAGAGGAUAAGAGACCCUUUUGUUUGUGCGCAGCUGAGAUUGUUAGAUGGACAGUUUAAGAACCACUGGAAGGCUACAUUUCAGGGUCUAAGACAAAAGCUUGAAUCUUUGAACCAGGGGGAUGGUCAGCCAGUGAACAUUUUUGUGAUGACCGAUCUUCCUCGGGGUAACUGGAGCGGAACUUAUCUGGGUGAGCUAGCUAGCGAUGAGAAGCGGUUUAAGUUGCAUUUUCUUUGGGAAGAAGAUAGAUUGGUUGCUGAAACAGCAAGGCAGCUAGCAAAGAGAGGCAGCAGAGGGAAUGUGGAUUGCCCUCGUCAGAAAUCACCGGAUGUUCUCUUGUACAUAGAAGAAAGCGUCUGUAGUUGUGCAUCCCUCGGUUUUGUUGGGACAGCUGGAUCGACGAUUGCAGAGAGCGUAGAGCUAAUGCGGAGGUCAGAUGUUUGUUCCAUUCUUAAUCGGACUGCAAGAUGACACUCAGGUGCUGGGAUACGAACGGAGUUGGGUUUGCCUCCAAUGUACAAGCAACUACAUGCGAGUCAGAACUGCUGCUGUUGUAAAAUGCCGCGAAGUGUACUUAAAGUUGGAGGUUGAUAUGGUUCAGGCAGCUACUGUUUACUGAUGCUUCAAUCUACCAGAUGAAAGAAGGAACUGAUCUGGUAACAAAUGGCAAUUCUCAAGUGUCUCCUUUCUCCUGGUGCAAAGAAAUGCGUUUCGAAAGGACAACAGAGUUAUGAUGAGUAGGAAGGAGUUAUUCAAGAAUACUCUGAGGAAGGCGGCCUAUGCCUGGAAGCGAAUCAUUGAGCUUCGUCUUACUGAGGAAGAGGCGAAUAAGUUGAGGUUCUAUGUGGACGAGCCAGCAUUCACCGAUCUUCAUUGGGGAAUGUUUGUGCCGGCUAUUAAAGGGCAGGGGACAGAUGAGCAACAGCAGAAAUGGUUGCCCCUGGCACACAGGAUGCAGAUAAUCGGCUGUUAUGCACAAACCGAACUAGGUCAUGGUUCCAAUGUCCAAGGGCUUGAAACCACUGCCACAUUUGAUCCCCAGACUGACGAAUUUGUCAUUCAUAGUCCCACCUUAACUUCAAGCAAAUGGUGGCCUGGUGGAUUGGGUAAAGUGUCAACCCAUGCUGUUGUUUAUGCACGUCUCAUUACUGAUGGUCAAGAACAUGGAGUGCAUGGUUUUAUCGUCCAGCUCCGUAGCCUGGAUGAUCACAUGCCUCUACCUGGCAUAACAAUUGGUGAUAUUGGCAUGAAGUUCGGGAAUGGUGCCUAUAACACCAUGGACAAUGGUGUUUUGCGUUUCGAUAAUGUGCGCAUUCCGAGAGAUCAAAUGUUGAUGAGGGUACUGCAAGUUACAAAGGAAGGGAAAUGUGUCCAGUCCAAUGUCCCUCGGCAGUUGAUAUAUGGUACCAUGGUUUAUGUGCGACAAACAAUUGUGGCAGAUGCUUCUCGUGCUUUAUCACGAGCAGUUUGUAUCGCCACAAGAUAUAGUGCUGUUCGCAGGCAAUUUGGUUCUCAAAAUGGUCUCGAGACACAGGUGAUUGAUUAUAAGACUCAGCAAAGUAGACUCUUCCCUUUGAUCGCUUCUGCAUAUGCUUUCAGAUUUGUCGGUGAAUGGUUAAAAUGGCUCUACACGGAUGUCACACAAAGACUGCAAGCCAAUGACUUCUCUACUUUGCCCGAAGCACAUGCCUGUACUGCUGGUUUGAAGUCUCUGACUACUUCUGUCACUGCUGAUGCAAUUGAAGAAUGUAGGAAAUUGUGUGGCGGCCAUGGUUACCUUUGCAGCAGCGGGCUUCCUGAGUUGUUUGCAGUCUAUGUUCCUGCCUGUACAUAUGAAGGAGACAAUGUUGUGCUGCUCUUGCAGGUGGCAAGAUUUCUGAUGAAGACUGUUGCUCAGCUGCCUUCUGGAAAGAAACCUGUUGGAACAACAGCUUACCUAGGGCUCGUAGAACAUCUUAUGCAGUAUCGCUGUGGUGUUCAGAAUGCUGAGGAUUGGCUGAACCCUUCUGUGAUACUUGAGGUAUUUGAAGCCAGGGCUGCUAGGAUGUGUGUUAACCGUGCUCAAAAGCUUGGCAGUUUUCCGAACCCUGAUGAGGGUUUUGCAGAACUUUCAGCUUUCUUGGCUGAGGCUGCUGUCGCUCAUUGCCAAUUGAUUGUUGUCUCUAAGUUCAUUGAGAAAUUGCAACAAGAUAUACCAGGUGGGGAAGGGGUGAAACAGCAGUUGCGUAACCUCUGCAACAUUUACGCCUUGAACCUCAUCAACAGACACCUAGGGGAUUUCCUCUCCACUGGUGCCAUUUCUGCAAAGCAAGCUUCCCUAGCAAAUGAUCAGCUUCGGUCAUUAUUCUCUCAGGUUCGUCCCAACGCAAUUGCACUUGUCGAUGCAUUCAACUACACCGACCACUACCUGGGAUCAAUACUUGGGUGUUACGACGGAAAUGUGUACCCGAAACUGUACGAGGAGGCGUGGAAGGAUCCUCUGAAUGACUCUGUUGUCCCCGAUGGCUACCAAGAGUACAUACGCCCCAUGCUGAAGCAGCAGCUCCGCAACGCCAGGCUCUGAAACUCAGUUCGUUCGUGGCUCGUCACAAGUAAUAAAAGAGCAGAAAGAGCAAGGUCCGUGUUCCUGUAUUGAAUUCUGCCAACCGAACUGCCCAGGUUAAGGUGGGGAAAUAAAGUCAUUGCCUUGUGUUUUCUUUUAUAGUUAGUUUGUAACGGCACUUCCGUUAGCAUUCUGAUAGAGUUUAUUCAUCGGCAUCGAAAAUCAUGCCUAGACCACAAAGUGCUUUUAUGUGAUAUAGUUGAGUUGGUACUUUUUAGGCGACGAUUUCAGUAAUAUCCGUUGCUGUUUCUUGCUCAAGUAUUGCGGGUCGAGUAGUGAAUGCUUACUGAUGACCUUGGCAUCCGAAGGAGGAUAGGCAAGUCGUCAUGAUAUGAAAACUACUUGUUAGACGCACACGUCUAGUCACGAUAUCGGAGUCUUAUUUGCGACGACCUAACUGGUGGUAGGACUAGUCUUGGAUUGUGCAUAGAGAAGACGUGAUCAGACUUUUGCUCCAUACCCUCUCCGAAACUGAAGUCGGUAUUUAUGAUCAGUUCACGCG